UUUGUGAGGUUAAGUUAUCUAUGAGUUAAGUUGACUUAAACAAGCUCGAUUUUCAAAUCUCCAAUAAAAUUUUAUUUAUUUGAAAAACAAAGUCAUACUGAAUAAAAAUGGUAGUUGUAAGUUCCUUUCAAGCUCCAGAUUCCCCUGUUGUUUUUGAACACAGAAAUACACAGGCUAUUUUUGAUAAAAAAGAUCUUGGUCCGGGAACUGUGUAUGUUAGUGAGAGAACCUUAUGUUGGAAAGACGUUCAAGAACGAGGCUUUACCAUAUCUUAUAACCAUAUAUCUAUGCAUGCCAAAUCUUCUGAUCUUACGAUAUACCCAACACCUUGCAUAUAUAUCAUGAUUGACACACAUGUUACUUUACCAGGAGAAAGUUCUGAACCAGUUCAAAAUGAUGAAGAUAGUGAGGCAGGGUCAGAAGCAGAUAUAUCAGAAUUAAUUUUAGUUCCAUCUGAUUUAAAUACAUUAGAUGAUUUAUAUGAGUCAAUUAAGCAGUGUCAAGCUCUGAAUCCUGAUCCAAGUGAUAUUGAUGAAGAUGACAUGUAUGAAGAUGCUGAAGAUCAAGAGAACAUGGUCAUUGGUGAUAUGAUAGGUGGUGGAGAUGCAGACAUGGACCAUUUAUCAGAUAGACUUAGAGAUCAUUCAGUUAACAUCCAAUAUGAUCAUAGUAAUGGGGAUUAUAAUGUUGAAGAGGAGCAUUUCGAAGAUGCAGAUUAAAGGUAGUGUGAGAGAAUUGACUGAGAUUGUUUUUGACAUACAUUUUUGUGUUUAUCUCAUUAACAUGUUUGAUUUUUGUGUACUUUUAAUUACUUUUAUAUUGUGCUUUUAUAUAAAAAAGCAAAAAAACAUCUUAAUGUAGAAAAUAGAAGUAAAAUAUAAUCCUUCAAAUGACCAAAGGUCAAAAGUGUGUAAUUCUAAAAUAAAGUUACACAUCAGUUUUUAA